AUGGCAGUGAACUGUAGCUUAGCGAGUGUUCUAGGGGUAUUUCUGGUAUUUACCUUGUUCCACAACCCUAACACUGUCGCCGGACAGAGUAUCCCUGCGGUGGGCUUGUUCACGUUUGGUGACUCCAACUUCGACGCCGGAAACAAACAGAAUUUCACCACAGCCAACGUUGCGCAAGGUUUCUGGCCGUACGGAAAAUCCCGCGAUAACCCCAACGGCAAGUUUUCCGAUGGACUCAUCGCUCCGGACUUCGUUGCAAAAUUCAUGGGAAUCCCGAUCGAGAUCCCGCCGGUACUUAGACUGAACGUCAAUGUCUCACGUGGAGCUAGUUUCGCCGUCGCCGAUGCAACUCUUCUCGGAGCUCCGGUCGAAUCUUGGACUCUGACUCAACAGAUACAGAGAUUCAAUCUCAUGAAGGCAGGAAACUGGAACGAUGACUUCAUCAAGAAGUCACUGUUUGUGAUCUACAUUGGUGCUAACGAUUACUUGAAUUUCACCAAGAACAACCCUGUCGCAGAUGCAUCUGCUCAGCAAGCUUUUGUCACUUCCGUCACCAACAAGUUAAAGAGCGACAUCACCUUGUUAUCUAAUUCAGGAGCAACUAAGUUCGUCAUCCAAACCCUAGCUCCAAUAGGUUGCUUUCCCAUCGUCAGACAAGAUUACAAAACCGGGGUAGAGAACUGCUACGAACCUCUCAAUGAUUUGGCUAAACAACACAAUGAAAAGAUCGGACCCAUGUUGAACGAUAUGGCUGCAGUCUCUUCCGGUUUCCAGUUCACUGUCUUCGAUUUCUACAAUGUCAUUCUUCGUAGGACGCAGAGCAACUUGAGCUUGAGCUACCGGUUUUUGAAGACGAACGUAUCGUGCUGUGGAGUUGGGACACACGAUGCUUAUGGCUGUGGUUUACCUAACGUGCACUCCAAGCUAUGCGAGUACCAACGAUCUUACCUAUUCUACGAUGGACGUCACAAUACUGAGAAGGCACAAGAACAGUUUGGUCACCUUCUGUUUGGAGCCAAUCCGAAUGUGAUCCAACCAAUGAAUAUCCGUGAGCUCGUGACUUACCCUGCCGGUGAACCUAUGCGUGAGGUUUGGUUGCCUACAUUGUCAGCCACUUUCCAAGACAGACACUCUAGCUCGUCGUCUAGCCGCGGUUACGAGCUCUAUACUGAGUCUCUAUAA